ACAGCCACCAGAUUCAGUUUUUACCGUCGAGACCUAAAAGUGGUUGUAGCAUCGUAGUUCCCCUCUCAAAAUGGAUGCUGAUAGCGCCCAUUCCCAGUGCGAAAAAUCGGUGUCGCCGAAAACGCCGUGUUGGCCGCUCUCAGCUUCCUCUCAGAUAUUACCUCGUCGUUGUGGAAAUGAAAAUGUCAGGUCGAGAAGGAGGUAAGAAGAAGCCCUUGAAGGCACCAAAGAAGGAAUCUAAAGUUUUAGAUGACGAAGACGUCGCAUUCAAGCAAAAGCAGAAAGAACAACAGAAAGCACUGGCUGAAGCAGCAAAGAAAGCCAGUCAAAAGGGCCCUCUAGUCACUGGUGGUAUAAAAAAAUCUGGAAAAAAAUGAUCAUGUUGUAAUCGUGUUGUAAUGGAUCAUGUUAUAAUAUGCAAUUUAUUUUAUAUCUGAUACUUUGUAACUUGUGAUUUAAUGUUAAACCAAACCUUCUUUUAACGGUUCUUUAUUUCAAGAGAUGUUUUGAACUUGUAAAUAAAAGCUGCAUUUCAUUAUA